UUUGACUCAGGUCAGCCAGCAACCAACCCCACCUGGCCUGGUGGGCAACCUGCCCCCAACCCCACCUGGCCUGGUGGGCAACCUGCCCCCAACCCGAUGUGGCCUGGUGGUCAACCUGCCCCCAACCCGAUGUGGCCUGGAGGCCAAUCYGGAGGCAAUAAUAUGUGGCCAGGAGGGAACCCAAGUCAACCCACUGCACCUGGUGGAUUCCCAAGUGGUCCUGGUUCAAGUGGACCUGGACCAGCUAUGCCAGCCGCACCCUACAAGAAUCUUGCUGUUCCCUAUGAAGAGAGACUGCCAAUGGGAAUAUAUGAUAAACUACUGAUCACCAUCAAGGGAACWGUAAAACCCAAUGCUGAGAAGUUCACGGUGAACUUGUCUGCAGGCAAUGAUAUCGCCUUUCACUUUAAUCCUCGCUUCAAUGAAGCCGGAAGAAAGACUCUUGUCAGGAACUCACUCAUUGGCGAGAAGUGGGGGAAAGAGGAGAGGGAUGGGAAUCAGUUUCCCUUUGUCCCGGGUCAGCCAUUUGAGAUGAAGAUAUUGUGCACCAGCACAGAGUUCAAGGUGGCUGUUAACAAUUCCCACAUUCUUGAAUACAAACAUCGGAUAACCAACCUGAGGUCCAUCAACAAACUUGACAUCCACUGUGACCUCACCCUUUCAGAUGUUCGUGUUGAGAACAUCUGAGAAGUCUUUGACAUUACUGGAGAUGUACCAUUCAAACAAACA